CUCGGUUAUAAGUCACCGGAUGACAAAUACACAUACUUACCGCAGCACCGAAGGCAUGCCCAACUUCAUGGGCAAAAGUAAUCUCGGAAACCUUGGGUGGACUAUUUCUUCCUUGAAGUGUAAAUGUGACGACAGCAGUAUUAUAACUGUUUAUACCUCGCCUACCAUCACACAUCCCGCCAGCCCUACCCUGUGGAUAUCCGAUCCAGGCUAAGCCCAGAAUACCUCCGGCAAAAUCUCUGUGGGUGAAGUACACCGCCUCACAAAACUUUGAGUAAUCCUUCUUGGACAUUAUUGACAAAAACGUAGAGCUAUCGAUAUUUUCCCUUUUUAAUCCCCCUGGAGUUUUAUCUUCGUUGUGAACUUGUAAAAGCCCCACAUGGAACUGUAUGCUGUAAGGGGAAUAAGUAUCUGUUGUAUUAAAAGCUUUUCCAUAGAUUAUAUUCAGACCUUGGACAUGUUUUAAAAUCUCACCAACAGCUAAUAUAGUGCCUGCAGCAUACUUGAGAAAAGUAUAAUCAGCCUCCAUCGAAAGCCGGCAAAGGUUUUCCUUUAUGUUGCCCGUAGACCUUCGAUUUCUCGUUUUAAAACUUGAACUUUCUGCUGCCAAGUCGUUCCUUUCAAGUCCUUCCCCAAAUGGUGCGAUUAUUGGCUCGGCAAAUUUAACAUCAAAUUUGACAUCUUCGUCUUUAUAUAUCACAGAAUGAAAGCCAGAAGGCUUGUCAAAAUAUCGCUUUGCCGAUUCGAUAAAAUAAACUCCAUCUUUUGUGUGAAUUUUGCCAGUAAACACACCAUCUUCGUGAAGCACUCCGUGGACAAUAGACCCUGGUUCGCCGAUAACUUUCCCAAUUAAAAGCGAGUUUUUGUCAAACUCUAUUCUUUUGCCAUCCCCGUCAAUUAUUUCAGCGUCAGAUGCUAUUGUUUUUGUAUCAGGCCGAAGGGCUAGUUCAAAUUUCCGUCCGUGCGCUGUAAAUUCAAAGACGUGUGUUCUUCCAAAACUUGUCUCGGCGUCCCUUCGGUAUAUUUUUGGCUUCGCCGCAUAGUUCAAAGUUUCGUAAUGUUGAAUAAAAUCGUUUAGCGGCGUUUUAGCAAAGGUUUCUUGCUUUGUAAACAAAAGCAGAUAAUAGAAAAAGCAAAAUAAUAUUGCCAUUUUAUUACCAGUUACUAAUAGCUAUCUGCAAUUAAAAAAGAUUUGAUAGUUAAUACUGAAUAGUACACGAACUGUCAUCAAGAUAUCAAAUAGUCACUGACAUUUUAAUAUUUAUUACAGUAUUCCCUAAGCCUAUGCCUAAGCCAAAAUAUUGAACCCGGUAUUAAAAUAUUUUAUUAAUAACAAGUCAAUCGACCAAUAGGAAACGAGUAUUUCCGGUAUUUCCAUGCCAACCACUUCACCACUUGAGUACCACUUGAGAAAUAUGUUUUGGGGAGUUAGGGGGGAGUGGGUGAUGAUAGUCGUAGCACGUAAAGUGGCUGAACAUGUUUUAAUACCUUACUCUAUGCCUUGCCCACAUUACUGUAUGGCUGGACGAUAUACGAAAAUAUUGGAAUUCUGCAGAUAUGGUAAAUUCAUAUUGUACAACUUUAAUCCCUUGGAGAUUUCACAAAUAAUAGAAGUUAUUUUAACAUAUUGUUAAAACACAAUUGAGUGGCAGCACCCUUGAAGAGUAAAAUUGCCUGGUGUUACACAGAGUUAAAUAAUAUAAAAGUAGAUAAUCAUAUUAUAUCUUUUAAUUAAGCAGGCAUAUCUGGAAGUUUGGUAUGUCGGCAGAAACUACAUACAUGUCAAGCAGUGCAAGCUCAUCUAUUGGGCCAACCGACCGGCCUAACUCACCCGCAUUUGAUGCAAGAAAACGAAAGUGAGUAGUGCUCUAAAUAUAUCUUGCCUCAGUCAGUCACAUGUUCGAAGAAAUGUUUCCACAUUUGACUCUUCCAAAUGCUUCAGGUUUUCUCCAGUGUUCCUACAGGAGGAAACUGCAGUAUCUGACCAUUACAGCAAAAGUAAUAAGUAAUAUUUAACCCAUUGAGCCGCAAUGCACCCCAGUGCGCCCUACUUAUUUUUUACUUGUCUAACACCAGACAAUUUUAUUUGUCAAUGGGGAAGCUCUGCAGCUUAAUGGGUUAACCAAAAAAUCUGACAAUGUCUCUAAUUAAGUGACCAUUGAGCCACAUUAUGCGGCCCAGUGCACCCUACUUAUUUUUUUACUUGUCUAAUGCCAGAUGAUUUUACUCUUCAGUGGGGGAAGCUCUGCAGCUUAAUGGUUAAUUAAUAUUUAACUCCUUUAGUCACACCAGGCAUUUCAAGUAACGAAUAUGCGCAAAGAAGAGAUAACUUAAUAAAGUAGGUUAAUAUUUGAAUUAACCUUUUUUCAUAAAAAUAAGGCAAUCACAAUCGAAUUCAUUCAAUUCCAUUCUGUCUAGAGUCCUCAGAAAUACUCACUAUGGAAAGUUACAUGAGAAACAUAUUCUCAUAUUUUCAUCAAGUCCUGAAUACUUCAUGGGACCAGACGUACCGUAAGUCACUUUUGUGCCACACAAGACAUAUUAUUCAAUAUGCAACCAUUUGAUACAUGCAAUGGUGGCCAUCUCCCCCACGAGUAUAAUUAUUUGAAUUGAUGGCCUUUUCCAUUUUUUAGAUAUCCUUUCAGACAGAAUUCAAACUUUUUGUACCUAACAGGGUACCAAGAACCUGACAGUGUAUUAAUUGUAGGCAAGUACCGGUAUUGAAUUAAGAACAGAAGUAUAUAACAAUAUGUAUGCCAGAAAUGCAACAGUUUUUUUGUCUCACAACAGAAAUUGGUGGGAAUAACAUGCCUGGUCAAAAAUAUAAGACCACAUUUUUCACAAGACCUAGGGAUCCUUCAAGGUAAUACACAGUGGCGUAACUGGAGGGUGUUUGAGUGUCCAGAGGCAAGGCCCCCCGGCAAAAAUGACCAUAAAAUUUUUGCUAGUUAGUAAGUGAGACUUUGAACGUGGCUUAAAUUAAACAUUCAAAAUUUGCAGGGAAAUUUGGGAUGGACCACGCAGUGGAACAGAAGGUGCUAUCGAACAUUUCGGAUUUCACAAAGUAUGAAAAGUAUUUAUAACUGAAGUAUUUCUUUGUAUUACCAGACAUCUUCAACACUAAAAUAUGUUUUCGGUUAUAAUUGAGAGUAUUCUGUUUUAAGGCACAUCCAAUAAGUAAACUUCCACAAAUUAUGCUAGAAAGGUAUGUGUACUAAAAUUGUUUCCUGUAAACUAUUGAAGAGUAUUUUUGGGUGGGUUUUUAAUAGUAAGCAUUACAGAACAGCAAAUUGUGGCACACUUUUGCAAAAGUCCUUGUACACCUUCCCAAAACUAAAAAAAAUCUUUCCAAAAAAGUUUUCCUCUAAAUAUCUUUACUCUACUGAUUUCGUAGAUCAAAAUCCCACAAAAUGGCUAAAAAUCCCAAAAUCCCUCGAUGUCCUCAAAAUCCUGCCAAAAUAUCCUUGAAAAUUUGCUGAAAAUCUUGAAAAAAAUCCCCAAAUUAUCCUUGCAGCUAGAGUUUUUUUCAGAGUAAUACACCCCUCUGCAGUCUUGACCAAUCAUGCACUCAAUGCAUGAUUGAGUGUUCAAUGAAACCUAGCUAGAAAAUAAAGCUAGCUGAUGAAGAAAUACUUGUUUAUUUUAUAUUUUUGAAUGCAGAUUUAAUGAUAAAAAUUGCCAUAUCUGGUAUGAUCACAUGGACCCUCCACAUCCUCUUAUCAAUAAAGAGAUAACUGAUGUUCUUUUCAACAAUGCAAAAUUUAAAUUUAGUAGUAAGUUGAGUGUUUCGAAUGAAUUUCUCGAAACCAUAUUUAAACACAAAAAACAGCACCAUACAUGUAUGCAUUCCCAAUGUUUUUAGGAAUACAUCGUGUCGGUCAUUUGGUUGAGUUGUUACGCCUUGUUAAAUCUCCGGCGGAAAUUUCAUUAUUAAAGAAAUGCUCAUCAAUCACAGCGCAAGGUUUUAUUAAGGUACCUCGCAAUGUUCGCAAAUUCACAGAAAUAUGUCUGGAUGGCAUGGAGAACAGUGGGAUAUUUUCAAAACAAUGAAAAGACAAUGAAACAUUCUGAUCACUGGAUCGUGAUUGGAUGCCAUGGAGAACAGUGAGAUUUUCAAAACAAUGAAAAGACAAGGAACAUUCUGAUCACUGGAUCAUGACUGGAUGACAUGGAGGACAGUGGGAUUUUCAAAACAAUGAAAAGACAAUGGAACAUUCUGAUCACUGGAUCAUGACUGGAUGGCAUGGAGAACAGUGGGAUUUUUAAAACAAUGAAAAGACAAUGGAACAUUCUGAUCACUGGAUCGUGACUGGAUGACAGUGGGAUUUUCAAAACAAUGAUCGCAAUGGAACAUUCCGAUCACUGGAUCAUGACUGGAUGACAUGGAGGAUAGUAGGAUUUUCAAAACAAUGAAAAGACAAUGGAACAUUCUGAUCACUGGAUCAUGACUGGAUGACAUGAAAAACAGUAGGAUUUUUAAAACAAUGAAAAGACAAUCACACCGAACAUUCUGAUCACUGAAUCAUGACUGGAUGACAUGGAGAAUAGUGGGAUUUUCAAAACAAUGAAAAGACAAUGGAACAUUCUGAUCACUGGACCAAGAAUAGAUGACAUGGAAAACAGUGGAGUUUUCAGACAAUGAAACAUUCUCAUCACUGAAUCGUGAUCGGAUGCCAUAGAGAACAGUGAGAUUUUCAAAACAAUGAAAGGCAAUGUAACAUUCCAAUCACUAGAUCAACUUACAUCAAAGGGUCCAAUUCCAAUGAAAUGUCUGAUUAAUCAUUGCAGACCAUGGCAAGGACCAAAGCGGGCAUCCAGGAAUCACAACUACACAAUAUUAUGGAGUAUGAAUGCAAGAAGCUUGGUGCAGAUCGACUUUCUUUUCCUCCAGUUGUUGCAACUGGUUCAAUGGCAAAUACUCUACAUUAUGUCAGUAAUAACCAUAUAUUAAGGUAAUCGUUUUCUCAAAUGUUUCCAUCCAGGAAAAUGUAGAAAAUAUCUGAAAAUCUUGACAUUACCUUCCUUGGUUGGUUGGUCAACCUUUGGGAAACAAUGUUCCUUGGUUGGUCCACCUUCGGGAAACAUGGCUAGGGAACAAUGUUUCCUGGUUUGCCCACCUUUGAGAAACAUGGCUAGAAAACAAUCUUUCCUGCAUGGUUUGCCCGUACAUUUAAUCAAAAACAACAUUUUCAUUGUCCUAUAUCACAGGGAUGGUGAACUAUUAUUGGUGGACAGUGGUUGCGAAUAUAAUGGUUAUAGUAGCGAUACAACCAGAGUCUGGCCUGUUAAUAGUAAAUUUACAAAACCACAAAGACAACUAUAUGAAGUCAUGUUAAAAAUACAGAAAAAUUGCAUUAAGGUAAAAAAUCGAAGGUUGCAAUAGACCUCUUUCAUGUAUUGACCCGUAGCAAAAAUUAUGAGAUCAUUAUUAAUUCCCUCUGUUGUCGUGUUGAGUAUAGUGGCUCGUUUCAAGUUGCCCCCAGGGGCCAGUUGUUCAAAGCUGGGUUAGCUUAACCCUAGGUUAACUUAAAAUUCAAGGCAAAUAUCCUGACAGCUUGUCUAUAAAUUUGGAAAUGUUUCUUCAGAAAUCUUGUCUGGAUCAACAGGAGUUCACUUCUCUUAAGUUUUGAAAUAAACAGACAUGCAGGACAACACAAACCAAAACAGCAGGUUAAAUUUUAACCCAGGGUUAGUGCUAACCCACCUUUCAACAACCGGCCCCAGAAGCCAAGUAAUAUGAGCUCAUUUUAAAGGCAACUGCAAGUGUUCUAAGUCAUUGCAUGGGUGAUAUUUGUUUUGGUUUGUGAAAACACCCGUAUUUUAGCCCGGAUAUCAUUGUAAAUGAUGUUUAUUCAACUUUUCCUUCAGCUGUGUCAAGUUGGUAGUUCUCUGGAUAAACUGUAUCAAGCAAUGAUAUUUAUGAUGGAAGAAGAUUUUGAAGGUACAUUUAAUGGUACACAAAGAACGGACCCUAGAACCAAGGCAAUAUUUUACUAGAAAAAAGAGAAUUUUUCUGACGAAAACAAUAAGCUGGAUGAAUUCGGAAGCCUACUCAAAUUUGUCCGGUUUCGCCUUGCGUUGAACAGGACGCAUGAAACUAGACGAGUUCCAGCAACUAACCGUACGAAUUCGAGACCAAAGAAAAUUAGGUUACGUUUUGUGCCGGAAUUGCUUCUAAAUUAGACGGCGCCAUGUGAACAGCGGAUCGGACUUUUUCAAGACCAGUUCCGUAUGAACACUUCUCGUCUCGUAAUUAAUCCGGUUCCGUGUGAACACUUCUCGUCUCGUAAUUAAUCCGGUUCCGUGUGAACUCUUCUCGUCUCGUAAUUCGAUCCGGUUCCGUGUGAACCUGGGACGAACAGGACGAAUUUGAGUACUGUUCCGAAUUCAUCCAGCCCCAUGUGAGUGGUGUGACUUAUUAUUCUUUACGUCGUUUUACAUAUUAUAGCGCUUAAACUCAUCCCAAAAGGUCUUCAACGACAUCAAAAACAACAGGUCAGUAGGAAUUAGAUAGUUUUGGUUUAACCAUUUUGCCAUUUAGAUCAGGGACGCAUCAUCUUCCCGAUAGAUUGUCUGUCGUAGUUUAAACACAACACGAGCUAUCCAUGAGAUGGAAUUUCAAACAAAAUCUUACUUUUACAGUUGGUGAGAAAAUUGUGUCCUCACCACAUCGGGCACUAUCUUGGUAUGGAUGUCCAUGACGUCAGUUCUGUUGGUAAAAAUCUUCCUCUGUCAGAAGGCAUGGUGAUCACCAUAGAACCUGGUCUGUAUGUCAGAGAUGGUAUGGACGUACCAGCAAGGUGGGUAGAAAUACACUAGCACUAUUAAUUGGUGUAUUUGGAGUAUGUUUUUCAAGAAACACUUGUCAUUGAAAAACGUAGGCAAGCUGUAUGCUUGAUUUACACAGUACAACUCAAGUUGUAAGCAGGUUGCAUGCGACAGUUUUAGGCAAAAGUUGUGGCAUCAGCCUUGAAGAUAGUUCUGAAACACAUCAAUGAUGUGAUGCUAAUUUGUGUUGUAGGUAUAAAGGUACUGGAAUUCGUAUCGAAGAUGAUAUUUUGAUAACCCAGAAAGGACCUGUUGUUUUAACAUCGGAAUGUCUUAAAGAAAUUGAUGAACUAGAGAACAUUGUAGGAACUGCUGUAAAAUAAUUCGAAAAUAUAUUUCUCAGUCAACAGUAUUUGAGUUAGUGAGUUUACUGGUAUUGUAUAUUAUAAAACCGGGUAUCUGUACAUGUGUUCCAAAGAUUGGCAACUAAACCUGCUGGAAACAUUGUUCAUGGCUAACAUUUCUAUUUCCUGGAAGCAAAUUUUGUUUCCAGAAAACUAUUUCCAUGGCCAUGGGUGGGC